CCGUACCCUACGACCAUACAUGGACAAAAUAUCUUUAGUAAACCGAAAUAUCUACCCCAAAGGUAUCUAACUACUUUUCAAGAUUUGCAACACUUGAUAUGAUAUUGAACCGCCCUUUUUAGAGAACUUAUAACAUCAAAGAAAUAAUACUUCUCAAGAUUUUAACAAGUAGAAGAAUUGAAGAAAUGGAAGUGAGUGGAAAUAUCAGACCAAAUAGAAGUGAUGUGCAUGUAUCAAAAGAGGAAGAAGCAAAGAUAGAGGAGACAACAAGGGAGUAUUUUGAUGGCAUUGCACCAAAGAGACAUACUAAGCCUCAAAGAAGUGAAUAUUCUUCUACUUAUGUUGAUCAAAUGAAUACGACUCCUUCUGAUGGUACAAUUAUCCCUGAAAAUCUUGAAUUCCAACGUCUUGAGAAUGAUACUCAGAAAUUGGUUUAUAAUGGAAGUGGCCAAGUGACAGAGGAAUUUGUGGAAACAGAGUAUUACAAAGAUCUCAAUUGCGUUGACAAGCAGCACCACACGACAGGAACAGGAUUUAUCAAGGUGGGGAAUGGAAAUGGGAACACUUUCAAUAUAGGAGUUGAUUCCGGUACUGAUUCAAGCCAUGUUUACAAGGGGAAUCCAGCUACGAAUGAUUGGAUUCCAUCUCCUGUUGAUGAGGUUGGUUUUAUCUCAGACAAACCAAACAGAAGUGAUAACUGAAAUUGAGUCUAGAUAAAGGCAUUAUCUGGAUAUUGCAGACCCCUGCUUAGUUUGUAUUGUUAUGAUGCUUUAAUUCAAUGUGUCCCUCUUGUAUUUGGUUGUAUUUGACUAAACAUUCUAUAUUUUUAACUCCUGUUUCCCGUUUGAGUUAAAAUAACAUAAACAUUUAACCUCAA